AUGUCGUUACUUAAUCGGGUGUUUAAUUUAACCGUUAAUGCAGCAUCCCGUAUCUCCCCAAUUUCGCAAAUUAAUCCUUCUCCUGGUGGUUUAUUUACCGUUAGUGUCCGAAAUGUGAUUCGGUGCCACUUUCCAAGACCAUCAGAAAGGAAACGGGUUAAAAGACACGGAUUUUUGAAGCGAAUGCAAACGUUCGGGGGGCAAAGGGUGUUGAUGAGGAGGAUUUUAAAAGGAAAACACGUUUAUUCGCAUUAAAUCUUAUUCUUUUUCGAUUAUUUUAUUAAUUUAGUAAAUAAAACGAGGUUAUGUAGUUAA